AUGAGAGGAAAGAAGCAUAGCAUUGUUGACCAUUAUUUUACAUUACCAUGGUUCUUAGCAGCAGCAAUGAUCAAAAUCUUUAGCUCAGAUUGCAAAACUGCCGUUCAUUUGCGAUCAGUCACGAUAAAAUUCGCUGGACCUCGUCUUCCUAAACCGAAAUUUGAUAGAUCAUCAUUUCCUCCACUCCCGCUGAUUAUCGAACAAGGAAAAAAAACUUCAGUUAACAAAAGAGAAGUUAUUAAUGAAUCUGAAAUGCCUGCUUUUUUGCGACGGAAAGCGAUUUCAGAAGAAGAAUGUGCUGCAAUAAAUGCUGGUGGUGCAUACGGGCUCUAA